CUCCCCUUCCGGAGCCACAUACACCGCCCAAUAGGGGCCUUGUCAGCCGCCUGUUACCUUCCUCCGACUGGAACUGCACCGCAUAAACGCCCCGUUCACGAUCCUGAACUCGCACUUGGCACUCGUCGCCCCCGGAGCGCCUCAGGGACUGGAAGUGGAUUUGCAGCUUGGACUCCAGCCUUUCGGAGGCCGCGCCUGCAGGAGAGACCUGCACGAAAAGCGGAGGAGGAUAGCCGGCCAUGUCUACAGUUGUGGAGGCUAAGCACGAACUUUCGCUUUCGAUUCUUCGCGACGAAGAAGAUCAAUAAAAACAGGAAACUCCUGUAGGGUGCGGCGCUCCAUGCUGUACAAACAGCGCCGCCUGCUGUUCCUUCCUCAAGAGCGACGGCAACCUGGCCAAGAAAUCCGAUGUCCUAACGUGCCGGGUAACGGAGGCUGCUACCUUUCCGAGAAGCGUUACCUCUGCUUUUCAAAAUCGAGUGACAUGAAGCUGCUGAACAGACUUCCAGUUCCGAGACCGCUCAGAGUGACCAUGCAGAAAUCAGUAUGCCAGCAGAUGAGGAAAUGUUAUCAAUUCCCAUCAGUAACAAUGUUUAUGCAAUUCUUAAGAGAAGAGAGAACUACCUAUGCAGUCUGCUUGAAAAGAAGUUUGGUUGCAUAACUGUCCUAAAGAGCAUAAGGAAUCCCACUGAAGUGUAUAGGAAAAGCCUGAAGGAAGGAAUUGAUGUUUCUGUCUGGGUAGAUGAUCUUACAAGGCAUGAGGCUGAUGCUUUGGUGAACGCAGCCAAUGAAUACCUGCAUCAUUUCGGAGGCCUUGCUUUUGCCCUCCUGAAAGUUGGAGGGCCAGAAAUUGAAGAGCAUUGCAAACAUUUCAUUGAAAAGAAUGGGCCACUCAGUGCUGGCCAAAUUGCAGUCACUAGUGGAGGAAGACUCCCCUGUAAGCAAGUCAUCCAUGCAGUGGGGCCAAGAUGGUCAGAAGAGCAGAGGGAGGAGUGUUGCCUUAAGCUUGAAACAGCCAUCAUCAAUAUUCUGAAAUAUGUGAAUGCUCCAGAAAACAACAUCAAAUCCGUGGCCGUUCCUGCAUUGAGCUCUGGAAUCUUCAACUUCCCACAGGACUUAUGCGCUCAAGUGAUUGUACGAACGAUAAAGAAUUUUAUUCAGUUAGCCCCGUUAUUUGGCUACUUGCAAGAAAUCCACCUCGUGAACAUUGAUGAGACCACAGCUGAAGUCAUGAGAAGGGCAUGUGAAGAGUUGCUAGGUGGCAAUGACGUUGUGCCUCUGAUGGCAGCGGACUCCAUCACAGUCAAUGAUCUCUGUCUACAGAUAAAAAAAGGGAAUAUAGCAACACAGCAAGCUGCCAUUAUUGUAAACUCUGUGACUGUGCAAGGUGAUCUCUCCCAAGGAACCAUUUCAAGAGCAAUUCUGGAAAAGGCUGGUCUAGCAAUGCAGGAGCAAUUUCUCACCGAAUUACAGAGAUUUCCACCAGAUAGACCUAAGCUCAUAUUCACAAAAGGGUGCAAUAUUGACUGCGAGUUUGUGCUCCAUGUGGUAUGGCCAUCUUGCAGUGAAGGCAACGCGCAGGAGGCACUAAAAGUUGCAGUUUCUAAAGGUCUUCUCAAGAUUCAGGAGCAGCAGUCCUCAUCAGUUUCUUUUCCACCCCUUGGGAUUGAAGAUUUACACUUGCCAAAAGAGGAAGCAGUAGAGAUUUUGAUGGACGAAAUAAUAUGCUUUGCAGAGGAACAUCCUGGGAAGAAGCCAGUCGUAUUCAUUGUUGUUCCUCCAGAUGACAGUGAUGUUUAUGAGGCUUUCUGCACCAAGCUUAUGUCAAUCAGAAACAAACUGGAAGAAAAGAUGGACUGCAGCAAUAUGGAUGCUAUGGAGAUACAGACAGACAUACAAGCAGAUGCAGUUUGUGAAAAAAAUGGACCAUUUGUGGAACUCAUUGGACGCAGUCAUGAAAUGCUGGAGGAAGCAGGAUUGUGGCUCAAGAACAUCAUACAAGUUGAGGAAACUCACCGGAUUGUUAUAAGAAAUUAUAGUGUUCUAAACCUUGGCAAUGGCCAGCCUGUUGAACUGUCCCAUCUCCAGCAGCACUUUGGCAUAACCAUAUUGGAGAGUGUGACUGGGGAGGGGGCAGCCAUAGAGAUUGAAGGUUCUCCCCGUGCUGUGAUUGAUGCAACAUUUGCUAUUGAAUUCAUGCUACAGACUACAGCCAAGCAAGAACUGAAGACAGAUGGACCUUUGAGAAACUAUCCUCAUCAAGAAGGGCACUCAGAAAUGGCGAGUAAAUACUGUUACCAAGUCACUCCAAUAGAAUCGUAUCUUCAGGAAUUCAAGGACAAAGACAAACAGCUUGGAAAAGCUGGCCUCCGGGUUCUGAAGAUAGAGAAAAUUUGUAAUCCUCUUUUAGAAUCUACCUUCCAAAGGAUUAAAAGAAAAAUAGAAGGAAAAAAUACUGGAAUGCCAGUAUGCCACAGGCUAUAUCAUCGUGUCCCAGCUCAGUACUGUAGUCUGGUGUGCAAAACUGGAUUUCAGAAAACCUAUUCCUCUUUACAAGACCAGAAAUAUGGAGCUGGCAUCUACUUUAACAAGAACCCCAGGAACCUUGUAGCAGAUACCAGGGAAAAAUGUGAAAUGGACCACUUAAUCUGUGUGUUUGAGGCAGAAGUUGUAACAGGCUCAUAUACAAGGGGCAAUCGAAGCUAUGUUGCACCACCAUUAAUUAGUGCAAGCAGCAUGAAACUCUAUGACAGUGUUGUUGAUGAUAUUCACAACCCUGAAAUCUUUGUCAUUUUUAAUAGGGAGCAAGCUCUGCCAUUGUAUUUGUUGACUUGUUCACUGCUUUGGAAUCCAGCACAGAAGACAAAGUUGGAACCAUCAGCUUAGGAGUUCAUCAAAAUAUGGGCACUAGGUUGUGUGCCUUAGGUCCAAGUAAUUAUAGCAGUUCUCCAAGGCAAUGAAAAAUCUUGCCUCAUACAAUCUUGAAAUCCUUGUUGCUUAAUAAGCAAUUUCAGCAAAGGAAGCUAUAAUUUUAUUUAAAACAGGACUGCUGCAUUCACAAUACAAGUUCUUAUAUUAAAAUGCCAACUUCAAACCAUCUGCACGAAUUUGAUUUUUCUUUCUGUACAAGAAUAGAAUAGCAUAAGCUUUAUGCAACUUGGGAUCAGCUUUUAAGUGCUGGAGAUUCUAUAAAUUUAAAACUUUACUUUAGAAAAUCCCAAAUAACUUUGCAUUUAUAUGUCUUAGACUAUUUAUUAGGAGUUAUUAAAUCUUUCAGUUGAUUUGAAUUCUACAAUAAAUACCAUAUUUCUAUCAGGUGCCCCAUUAAUUUUCAAUCAGACCCUUCUGUGCCAUUGCGUAAGUGCUUAGAAUAGGAAAUAGCGGCUAUGUGUGAAUUUCAAGAUAGGAUUUUGGGCCACAACUACUUGCACGCAUAUCGGCACAUAUGGCCCAAAUAUUUAGAAUUAAAAGGGGCUAAAUAUUAUAAAUGACUUUAAUAGAUUAAGGUGUUGCUUAUAUUACAAUGUUGCAUUAGCUAAAGGAGGGCACAACUAUUGUGUGUGACAGGUAUUUAAAAAUAGUAAGAUUCAUUUUCAAUAAUGUCAACUUUUAAGGCCU